AUGUUUUUGAAAGUGUUCGCAUCGCAGCCGGUGUGUGUGCAUCAUGAAAUUACAGACCGAGCUGAACGGCCUGAAGUGGCGAUGUUUUUUGACGCCGUCGAAUUCGCCUCGUGGAAUUCCCGUUCAAAGCGACCCCAUUUUGAAAGCGUAUGGAAACUGUCUGCGGAUGCUGAUAACAAUGGAGUCGGUACGGCUGCGAAUGGAAUAAAUUAUGAGGUGCGAGUGCUGCUGUUCCAAGCGUUACAUACGAUGAUUGAGCGAAGUAUGGCACUUGAUGGAUUUGUGCGUUUCGGUCGAUGGUUCACACGGCCACUUAGGCAACCGCUUCCAGGAAGGCAACAUCUUCUUCCUCAUUAUGUUAUGGCUACCAACGUGCAGUUCUUUGUACAUGGUGGUAAUACAGUGUGCAUGACCGUAAACGCACAACGGCAACCGCCACUUCUGCGUCUUUCGAAGAGGCAUCUUGGAUGCGGCAAAAGAGUGCAAGUAGUUGUCGGUCCGUGGUCACUUCGUGCUGUUCUUUUACCACCAGACACGGAAAUAGGUCGAAAUCAGCCUAGUGCUGAGAAACAGUGGGAAGAAUGGAAAGAAUUUGUAUCGUCUUUAGCUCAAGAUCUCGAUGAUACUGAUGAUGAUAAUCGGGAAGAUGGAGUUCCACGUAUGGUUCCUGUUGAAAUCGAUGGAAUUCGCAUGCUAUAUCCUUCCUGUUAUGUUUGCGUGACAAUGGAGGAUGAUGCCGCUUCAUGUUCCAGUGACGAACCGGUGGCUCCAUCCAUGACUCCUGAUGAACUAAUAACGCCAGACAACGGCCGUCGGAAUCAGCUGCUAGUGUCGAAUGCAAAUGGUCAUUCGUACAUGCAGGGGGUUCUUCAAAAUGCGUAUUUGAGCCCGGCCCGUUCCCAACCGACUCCUUUGCCACCUCCCCAAGUAGGACCUUUUCAAGCACCGUUCCCUCCUCAGACCGAUGAUGACACAAGGUGGAAUUUCAUCGAUCCCAGCAAGAACGACUCGUGUUCCUGUGACAAUUGUACGCAUCAGCCAUCGCCUGAAUAUUGGGCUUCUCUCGAGAGAGAGCCAGUAGUAGAUUGUCCCUUAGCCGCGCCUAUUAGAGUGGCACAAAAGCCUGGACUGGUCAAGACUAACCCCCUUUACACUCUGAUGAAGAGGCAGAGCAAACGAAGAUCAAAACAUUCAUAUCAUCGUCGGUUUCCUUUGAAGUCGGAACCUUCCGAAGAAAUUGCUUCACCUAGCGAAUCAGUUAGUAGUGAGCAGGAUAGUUCUGACGAUGAGACAUCUGAUAUACCCGCAUGGGCUGACACAAACAAGCAGAGCCUUGUUACGGGCAUUUAUUGCAGCGCUGAUGACGCAAGUUAUCAUUUCGGUGCUGCAACACCCUGCAAUUCCAGUGAUGAUGAGAAUCUUGCAUGUAGUCCGUUCACUCCUAUCAAGGUUGUUUCCCCGUGUACGAAUUGCUCAUGGCCUAGUGCGCCAGCAGAGCAAAUUCCGGAAGAUGUAUUCAACCAAAUCUUCCAGCCUAGCAGCACAUCUCGCGUGCCUCCAACGGCUAGCCAAGAGGAGCGUCAGCGUGAUUAUAAUUGCUACUACAAUCCCACGUUACGGGAAGAUCCGUAUUACAUGUCUUAUCAUAGUAGACGUUUUGGCGAAAAGCGCCGCUCUAGUUAUCCUCCUAGCAUCAAGAUACCCGCAAGCCCAGAACAGCCUGGCAGUCAGGAAACUAUACCCGCCACAACUUCCCCUCCUCCUGAACUUGAUGAGCAUCGAAGAAGAGUUCCGGAGUCAGAUCCUACCGUGACGAUGACCCGAAUAAGUGCGGAAUUGGAUUUGAAAGAUAAGCCUGACGUCCAAGUUCGCUUGAAAAGGCGUUCUAGGAAAUCGAAAGAUAGCAUUGAAUGGCCUGACUUAGACUCUUUAGACAUGGCAUUCCUAUCAACCACUAUGGGGGAGGAAAUGGAGGCUAGAGUUUCACCGUAUGCAGGUCGCGUCACACCUGUAUGCGAUAGCGACUCAGAGUGGGAGUUUGAAGAACAGAUGGCAUGCUCAGACUUUGACGAAACUAGGGCUAUUGGUGAAGGACCAUCAGGAAUGGGUCAGAUGCCGGGUCUUUAUGAGACUCAUUUUGGUCAAGGAGCACCUUAUGAUGCCAUGGACGUAGAUGAUUCAGUUGUUGGGGUUCCUACCGACAACAUCAACUUAUUGUCACCACCAGCAAGCAAUGAGAGACCAGAAGCCUACGCUGCGAUGUCUAUGAACUAUGGUUGGCCCAGAAUAGGAGGUCCACCAUCUUGUGGAGAUCCAUCAAUGAAUCACAUUUAUCCUACUCCGCCUAGUGUGCAGUCAGAAGCUCAACAGUUCAGUCCUGCCCCAAUGUUGCCUCCACAUCAGCAGUAUGCGAUGCAACAUCAGCACCAGAAUAUUACCCAAAUCCAGCAGGUGGGUUCAUAUUAUCCUUUCUUUCCAAUUUUUUUUUGUUCCGAAGUGAACAUGUUUAUGCUUGAAAUCCUUUAUGUUUGAAU